AUGGACGCGAUGAGAAACCACUGCGCCCUGUUGGACACCCUUGAGCAGGAGGGACUGGCUCACCUGAGAGGGCGCAGCUCAGGGAAGUACCACACGAGGAGGCUGGAGAGGAUCCAUUGUAGCCCAGAAGGUUUAGGAAACUCUAGGAAGAGCAGCAUUGAACUGAAGAAGAGCCAGGGCUGCAAAUCCUACUAUGUCCUUUCCGAGUUCUUACUCUCCAUAGUUCCAUCUCUGCACUCUAGGAGCUCUACAAAGGGGAGAACUCACACCCUGCCCCCGCUCAGCGUGGCGUCCCUCCCCUGGGAGACAGUCCUCUGUGAACUUCUCCAGCGUCAGCCCUUCUAUGGGAUGCAAUUUUUGACACGCUGUUCCAGCAUGGAUCCCUUCUGCGGGCGCAGUCCCCCCGCAGCAGGCGGCGGGAAGCGAGGCCCGCGGGCUCUCCCGACUGCCGCAGGAGCAGCCGCGUCCGAAAUCAAAGAUGGAAGAGAAAAUCAAAUUUGGUAUUUGAAAAUAUCAAAACUAGCAUUGGCUUUUGCAAUUAUCCACUCAAAGCCACCAGGGAAGAGUUCCAAAGAAUACACAGAGUACCUUGCCAAAACUGUAUCCGAACAAGAUUUUGGAUGGAAAUGGAAGGUGGAAGUGCUGGAAGCUGAAGUUCUUCGAUUACGCCAGGAACUUCUUUUGAACAGGAUCUCUCCAAGAUUCUACUUGGAAAACAAAAAACAGGAUACCUCUGCUGAAACUCUUCUGGGUCAGGAAUCUGUAAACCCUGCAAGUUGCUCAAGCCAGCUAGAAGAUUCUGGAUGUGAUGUCUGUAAUGACUCUGCAUUUGAUUCUUUAGGCACAGCUUCAGAUUUUCACCAGUCUGAGCAUAAUGUCAACACUCCUAAACAUUGGUUGGAAAGAGUUCCCCCACUGAAUUUUUGCCAUACUAGCAAGGAGCAAUCUCUGACUGCUCCAGUGCAUUUUUUGCAACGCUUGCUUGAAAUAAGGAAACUGUCAGAAGGAGGAAUUCUUCAAGCAGACUUCUCAGAGCUUGAGAAUGAUUCUUUCACCAUAUGCAAUUCAGUGUCUCAGUUGCUUGAUGGACUGACUGUUUUUUACAAAAGUCCUAAAUUCCCAUCUCCAAGUUUCCUUAAUGAAGGUGUUUGUGUUUUGAUCAGUUUAAUAACUGAUACUAAAUUAUCUAAUCAUGUUUUGAAGAAGUGUUUCAAGAAGAUGGAAGAAUUUAAGAAAAAUCUAAUUAAAAUUAUUUUAAGAAAUAGGAGUGUCAAUAGGUUUCAGGCACUGAAUUCUGUAUCACAAAUGCUGGGUUUGCUAGGAAGGAACAACAUACUAAGGAAUUCUUUAAUAUCUCUUCUCCUGUCAGAAGUUCGUCGGUUUGCUGAGCAGUUGUUGCAGGCUCACCAGGUCCAGUCUGUGUAUGACAUCACCCAAUAUGAGAAUAUGUUUCUUUUGUGCAUGAUUCUGGAACAACUUCUUCAAAAUGAGGCAGAAGAAAGUAACAUUUCAAGCUCAGACUAUGGAGGAGAAGAAAAAAUCAAAUUUCUGAAGAACCUUGAUGAAAUUAUUCUUCAUCUCUCAGAUGAAUUCCCUUUGUUUUCUUUAUAUUUGUGGAGAGUGAGUGUUCUUUUGAACUCAGGUCAAAUGCAAAUUGAUUAAAACAAGCAGCCUACUUUUUAACCAUGCAUUUGUGGUGGGAUUGCAUUGGAAAAUUUUCAGGCCACACAGGGCCUUAUUGGAAAACAUUUACUUUAAACUACUAUUCCAUACAGCAAUUUCAGAGAUAAUGCAAUUUAUUUCCAAUUUUGAGUAUAGAAAAACUGUAAUAAUCCAGGUGCCAUUUUCAAUAAAUGCUGUUUCUUAUAAUAGAAAACA